GAUGCAGAGUUUUCGUUGGUUGUUUGGUUAAACCAUCUUUACCCACACUAAUUUUAGAUGUUGCAAUGUUUCCUGCUGUCGAGGAAAUUGGUCAUGAAAAUUAUAAUUAUCUCCUUUUUUUAAACCACUGACCACUGACUAAAGACACAAAGUAAUGGCGACACAGAGCUGUAUUCUAGUGACUGUCCUAUUGUUCUGGUCUAGUGCUAUAUCCAGUUCAUUACCCAGAGAGUCAAGACAGACACCUGGGGAUGCAGUGACUGGAGAUACUGUGACUGUACAUGUGCACUUCAUGCUGUUCUCUACCUACACCUCAGAAUGUCUGACAGGACUCACUGAAGAUGGGACUCAGAUCAGAGUGGAGUUCAGGCUCCUCACAGGACAAGACUUGAAUCCUGAAGAAUGGAUCAGUCCCUCAGGGAAUAUUACUUUAGGUGAAGGGGACAGAUCACAAACACUGAAUAUUGGUGAAAUAGAUCCAAGAGCUGAUGUGAAUGAAUUCAUACAGUUCCGAGUGCUCCAAUCAGAACAUGGUGGAGGUAGCUGCAACUGCUGGGGGCUGAGUAACUUCACUGUGAAUACAGUCAUGGAUUCAGGAAACAAGUCCAAUACAAUCGACAUAACUGAACAGUGUGAUGAACAGUCAUCUUCUGUGGAAGGAAGGAUUUCCUCUGAUGAAAGCAACUCAGUGGAACAAGUCAGGUCGUUCUGUGGUGGAAGUGCCAGUGUACCUCGAGGCAUAGUAACUGCUGCAGGUCUGCUAGGCCUAGGGAACACCACUAUACAAUGUAACCAAGUCAAUGGUAGCAACAGUCUGAUUGACCCUGGAGUGGCAGCUCCAACAGAAGAUUGUGCUGCUGCUUACCCUCGAUUGGAUAUUGAUUUCAAUCUUGACCUACUGGAGAGAGACAGUUGUAUGUCACCUUCGUCAUUUGAUGAAGGGGUUGAGUUGGCCAUUAGAAUUGGUAGAGAUUGGAUUCCUUUACAAUACAUAAGUCCCAGUGUAUCAAUGAAUCGGCAUCGGAAUUCCAACUUUCUUAUUGGGCACCUGAAUGAUCAGGUUGUGACUAUAAGAGGCUACACUUUAGAUGACACAAUAACUGAUGGUGAAGUUAACCAACUGCAAGUAUCCGUGUGUGGGUCUUUCCUGACAAGUGCAGUACAGUUGAGGUGGAUGCAAACAGCUGCAUCGACCUCCCGGCUUCCAACUACUGAUUCAGAUAACUGGCGAGACCUAUGGACACUGGAUAAUGUCACUGUGGUAUUACAUGUUAAUGAGACAUACAAUGAAACUCUGAUAAAAGACAACUUUGACAAUCAGACAGAGUUAAAUCCUGAAUACUGGAUGGAAGACAUUAGGAAUGGAAUGAUCAGUGAUUUCUGUGGUACAGACUAUGUUGGUGACAACUCCCUCCUAAUGGGGUCAGUAUGUAACACCGUAGAUUGUGGUGGAGGCCGAGGGACCAUAUCCAGUAGAAUCAUUCACACUGCUUCCUUGGACAUUGGUGUUCAGUUGGGUAUUCCUCGCCCCAUUACUGAUGAGCCUGAUACAGAGACUAACCCACCCUCCACACCAUCACCUUCCACACCAUCACCUCCCACAAUGCCCCUCACACCAUCACCCACAAUGCCCCUCACACCUGAUGAUGCAGAUGAUCUUAUUGCCCAGCAACAACUUGGAGGUGCACUGAAGGAAGUAUUGGCUUUGAUUAGAAAUGAUGAGGAAUUGGCAAAUAUUACUGACAUGCCUACAGCAGUAGCUGCCAUUGCACUGGAGAGAGUAGUGGGAGCUAGAGUAGUGGAUGAGACUGUAGUAGCCUACCUGCUUGCUGACAUAGUGAAUAGGAGCAAUCUGUCAGAUGGGAGAGUUGAGGGCAUGGUGUUAUUCAAUGAGACCAUUCUCUCCAUUGGAGACAUGUUGUUGAACGAGACGAGCAAUAAUAAGGAGCCCAGUAUCAUCGCUGGCAGCACUCUGAUUGCUACCAUAGAGAAACUAGCUUUCAAUGGAUUCACUACAUCAACUGAUCCCCAGCACUCAGGAAAUAUUGAAAUCAUUCAUUUGGAGACACCAGUUGACAGUGAGGAUAUAUACUUCACUAGUAUUGGUGUAAGGAGCAGCUCUAUUGAAGUGCCCACUGAGUUAGUGAGGAUAGUGAGUAAUGGGAAUGGACCAAUCAAUGUGGGCUCAGUCUACUACAGGAACAUGAGUGGACUGCUGCCUGGGACUCUGCCGGGAGAGAGGGACACUGUGUUAGCAUCUCCAGUGGUCUCUACCAGUCUGCAGUGUGGGGAGAAUAUCUGUGACACAGCCAACAUUCAGCUCAGUCUACCAGUCAUUGUCACACUGAAACACAGCAAAUAUGCACAAGCUCUUAUUGAAAAUGAUGAAACCAGCGAGGCUACUUGUGUAUUUUGGGAAUUUAUAACUAACAGUAGUAGCGAUCCUCUAGUCAAUGGAAGAUGGGACACUGAAGGAUGUGUGAGAAAUGACAGUAUCUCUAACUCCACACAGACUGUGUGUGAGUGCACACAUCUCACCAACUUUGCCAUUCUCCUCAGUGCACGCCCACUCAACCUACCCUCUGGUGUGGCCCUGUCUCUUUCAAUUAUUGGCUACAUUGGAGUGUCUCUAUCUGUGAUUGCCAUGCUGGCCACCAUUGUGGCUUUGGUCUUCUUUAGGACCUUGUGGAACAUGCGUAACUACAUCCACAUCAACUUGUGUUUGAGUCUAAUUCUGGCACAGCUGACCUUUGUGAUUGGAGUGACCCCUCACGGAGGAGGGGGUGUGGUGGAUCCUGGUUGUCGGACUGCAGCAGUUCUCAUGCACUACUUAUUCUUAGUGUCCUUCAUGUGGAUGCUCAUGGAGGGCGUGGUCUUGUAUCUGGUUCUUGUCAAAGUAUUUGUAAAAGAGCAUGAACGGAAAUACAUUGUCAGCUUCACUAUUGUCAGCUAUGGUGCUCCUCUGCUGUACAUGGUUCUCUGUAUUCCGCUGGGCUUUGCAGUCCCUCAACUGGAGGACAGCUAUAGCUACCAGCUGGUCAGCAAUAAUACAACCACCAUAGUCUGCUGGUUGAACCCCAUCACUAACUUUAUUCUGACGUUCAUCGUGCCAGUGGUGGUGAUUCUAUUGGUGAAUUUUGGUUUCUUUAUCAUGGCAAUAGUUACCAUGUGUAGACACCAAAAGAGACAAGGAAAAAAACAGGAAGUGAGUUCUUGGUUAAAGUCGUCUGUGUCACUGGUCACUGUCAUGGGACUGACAUGGAUAAUUGGUAUUUUGGUGUUCGAGGUCCCUGCUCUACUCCCACUGGCGUACAUUUUCACGAUAUUUGUUUCAUUCCAAGGAGUGGCCAUUUUUAUACUUUUUGUGCCUCUCUCUGAGCCAGUGAGGGAUGCAUACUUCAAAUGGUGGAAGAAAAAGUUGGCAAAGCAUCGAUAUCAAUAUAAGUUUGAAAGCACCAGUACCAAGAGUACCACUCUCAGCAAUGUCAGCACAAAUGUUACCUCUCCAUCUUUGGACAGUUCGUUGAAACUGGAGUCUAGUGUAUUCAACUCGACCGUGGAAAGAGAGUCUGGGCUUUCCAAUCACAGUGAGGAAUUAUCUGAAGAAUGCAAGGAACAUUAGUCAUGCAAGCAAAACUCAAUUCUACGUCAUGUACAAUAGCAAAAUAUUUAUGCAUGUUUUACAGUUACAUAAUAUGAACAGACGUUAUGUACACUAGAAGCAGAUCGUACUACAGUAUCUGUAUAUAUAUUUGUUGCCUUUUGACCUCUGAGAUCAAA